AUGGAAAGGUGGACAGUGACCAUUCCCACGGGACACUUGGUGGCUACAGUAGGAGGAAAGACUGAGCUUAGCUGCCAGUUGUCCCCACCACAAAGUGCAGAACACAUGGAGGUGUCCUGGUUCAAGGGUGACCGUUCCAGGCUUGUUCACCUAUACAGAGAUGGCCAUGAAGUGAAAGGAAAAGCUGCCCAGGAAUAUGUGGAUCGCACAGAGUUUGUGAAAGAGGCCAUUGGGGAGGGCAAAGUGACUCUCAGAAUUCAUAAUAUCAGCAUUUCUGAUAGUGGACUGUACCAGUGUUCAUUUAAGGACGGUAACUUCAGUGAUGUGGCCAGCAUGAACCUGAGUGUAGCAGCAUUAGGCUUGGGGACACAGAUCCAUAUUCAGGCGCCUAGCGCUAAUGGACUUAAAGUCGAAUGUGACUCAGGAGGCUGGUUCCCACAGCCCGAGAUGGAGUGGAGAGACAGCAAGGGAGAGGUAGUUCCACAUUCAUCAAAAUCCUAUGCACAGGAUGGAUCCGGAUUAUUCCACGUGAAGAUGACUCUUCUCCUCAGAAACAAAUCACAGGACCAUGUGGUUUGCUACAUUCGCAACCCUCUGUCAGGCAAAGGGAAACAAAUAACUCUCAUCUUAAAUGAUUCCCUGUUUCUUCCAGUCCACAUUUGGCUGAUUAUUUUAAUUUCAGUUUCCUUUUUGAUAUUAUUUGUGAUCAUCUUGUGCUUUGGCUGUCAAUGUUUCAAAAAAACAGAGCUUAGAUGUGACUUCAUUCACUUGUUGAACUCAAUUGCUGCUCAAGCCAUGUGCUUUGUAUGCUUUUGUCUAAUGCUCAGUAUAUAUCUGAUAUUCCGGAUAAGAGUUUCUAUUCCAGAUCCUUUCUUUUCCUUAUACAACAACUGGAUAUGGGAUAUUACAUGGAUGGUACUUGUUCUGAUGCUGUUUUAUUUUGCACUUAUCUAUUUUUUAUACCUCACAGUGAAAGGACAUAUAAAAACAAGAAGAAUGUGUGAAAACAAUCGACAGAGAUGCAAUCAGCAAGAUGCAGACAUGGAAAACACUACACAAGAAAUGAUCCGAGUUCUUCAAUAACUUAGAAGAAAUGAAUCAAUUUCUGGAAAUAUAUGAUAUACCAAGUCUGAAUUAUGCAAGAUGGUGACAACUGAGGAAGCUAGGGUAGGGUUUAAAGGAGCAUUUGGCUAUCUGUACUUUCCUAAUUAAUGGUAGAACAAAGAUAAGAAAGGAAAACAUCAGUGAAAUUAAAGAAAUUAUUCAAUCAGAAGAAUACAGAGAAAAAAGAUUAAAUAAAAAUGAAUAUAGUAUCAAGAAUGGCCUAACAUGGAUGCAAUUGGGAUCCUGAAAGUUGAAGAAACAGAAUGGGAUAGAAUUAUUUUCAAUUCAGAAAAUUAUUUACAGUUACAGAUUUCAGAAUCUCAUAAACACCAAGCAGUAUAAAUACGAAGGAAAUCACAUCUAGGAACAUCAUAAUCAAACUGCUUAAAUACAG